AACCAGGACCGGCGAGCACAACAGAUGGCAACCACGGGUGAACUCACCGACAAACGAGCAAGAGACGAUAUAUGCAAGAACCCACGGACAACGGACGGCCAGUUAGGAACAAACAAUACGAUGCUAACCUCGACGAAACCCACGGCAGAACCCACAGACGGUGACGGCGGCGAGAAGGAGGAGGGGGGCAACGGCUUUGUGAAGACUGAAGACAAAGGCAAAGAUGAGACCGCGACUGGCGAUCUUGGGCCAAUUAUGGAUUUUGGGCUAUUCUUGUGUCACAAUGAGCCCCCCUUUAUUAUCCACAAACCAUUUUAAGCAUUACCAUUCCCGAUGCACCGCCUCUCCCCUUCUCGGACACUACCCUCCUUCUGGCUCUUUCGCUCUAAAGGCAGGUAAACUGUGUUUACGAGUUUAACCAGUUUUGCAAAGCCAUCGCAUCGUGUAACGGUGCUUAAACUAACCAAAGAGGUUUCAAGGCACUCUUCGCUUGGAAAUCUUCUUGAGCUUGUCAAACAAAAGAGAUGGGUAGAGCCAAAAAGGGCCCCAAAUUUGCGGUCAUGAAGAAGCUUGUCACCGCCAAAGCAAUCAAAAAUUGUAAAGAAGAGGUGUUGAACCCUAAGAAGAAGGACCUUAGCAAGGAAAAGCUGCCAGAAACCCCUUAUUAUCCUUCGUCGCUGUUCUUUGCACACAACACUGAAUUGGGGCCUCCUUAUCGUGUUUUAGUGGACACCAACUUUAUCAAUUUCUCCAUUCAGAACAAAUUGGACUUGGAGAAGGGAAUGAUGGACUGUUUAUAUGCGAAAUCUACUUUUAUUUGGCAUCCAGGCAUUCCCUGUAUCACAGAUUGUGUGAUGGCGGAACUUGAGAAAUUAGGCCAGAAAUAUCGUGUGGCUCUCAGGAUUGCAAAGGAUCCUCGAUUUGAUAGGUUACCUUGUACUCACAAAGGGACCUAUGCGGAUGAUUGCAUUGUUGAGAGAGUUACUGAGUUUAGGUGCUUCAUUGUUGCAACAUGUGAUCGUGACCUUAAGCGAAGGAUUCGCAAGAUUCCUGGCGUACCAAUCAUGUACAUCACUAAACACAAGUAUUCAAUUGAGCGCUUGCCUGAGGCAACAAUAGGGGGAGCUCCAAGAAUUUGAUCACGUGGGUUGAUGGGUUAAUCCAUGACGGUGAUAGAAGUUAAUCUCCAUUUACGGUGGCUUGAUUGAUGUUGAUCUCCCAGUUUUUGGCCUAAUUCCUUUUUGUUGCUUUUGUUUUUGUUUUUUUGCCAAAAUCAAUUUUGUUACUUGGGGCGGCCAAUUUUUUCUUGUGUGUCGGGAGGGAGCAGGGUUCAUGAUGGGGUGCAAUAUGAGUGGAGACUUGUGAUUCAAUUUUUUGUUUUUGUUAUGUAACAAAAAACAAAAAUCAUGUAUAGAUAGAUGUUUUACGUCAGUUAAUAUCGUGCUCUCCUACUUAA